UGAGCAGCUGCCUCUCCUUCAACCCAUUCUCUGCCUCUCCUUCAAUCCAUUGUCACAGCCGCCCGGUACCAGUCCACACAAGGCCAAGCUUCUCUCUUUUCCAUCACUGUCGCUUCGAUGAACCAAUUCUCUGAACAUCCAUUGCUUCGAGAACCCAGUAGAGUUACUAUUCUUCCAAAGCUCCGGCAAAGCUUCAAGCUCGUCCGAUUCCGACGCCGACAAAGAAGACCCAUCUCGCUCUUCAACAAAAAAACUUCCUCCCUCUUUCUCGUGUGUGAAGCUGUCCCAAGUCCCAACUCUCAUGGAGUGAAGGUCUCUCUGAAGCAACGAAGCCACCGGCCGGAUCGGUGGUUCCGAUGGUACUUGGCCAUUGUCUCGUCGGAAAAUCCCCUUUGUCCUCCUCUUUCUGGAAUGGAGGAUGUUCUGGCGAGCUAUGUUUUUGGGAAGAAGAAGACAACAGAAGUUGCUCACUUGAAAAAAAUUUAGCCUUUACUGGCCAAAAGUUUAAUGUAUCUGUUGAGAAAAGCUUUUGAAACAUUCCAUGAUCAAUUGAAGCACCAUGUAUCUUGAAGUCAACCUAGGCUAAUGCAACAAUGGAAAGCUUGAUUUUUUUCCAGCUUUUUGGUGAUGGUGGAGAAACUGUCAAAAAGGGAGCUAAAACAAUGAGCCACUACGUCUAAUCUGGAAUGCAAGAAUAAAGCUUACUUUGAGAAAAUUUAGACACAACCAAAGGCCAUCUUUGGAGGGAGCUUUAGUGAUGUUGGAGACAUAGCACAAGCUAUCGGCUACUCAAGCACAUUCUUAAAUAUUGGGCUACAGUUAACGACCUGGGCUUUUAUCUUCAUCAAAAGGUUUUUGUUUGGUUGAGGGAUAGCGUAGUUUUCUUCUAUUAACAUUGAAUGUAUUCUCUAAUUUUGACGCAAGAGUUUCCUUAUUUAUUUAUACAACAAUCUUACAAGAAUGUAGAGUUCAAACCAAGAGAAUGUACUAACAUGUUUUAUCCUUUCAUGAUAUU